GCCUGCAAAACUCGGGGGAGUCGGCGCGGCAGAGCCAGAGGAGGACCUUCGCGGCGUCCCUGGGGCGGCGGAGUGAGAGCCGGGGAGGGGAGGACUGUAGACCAAAAAGAGAAGGAUUUACAUGUGGACUGUAGAACUAUAGAAAUCCAAGAAAAAUUCCCUAAUUACCUGCAAACAUCCCUAAAUUACUUCCUCUUGUUAGGGUUUGAUUUUGACCACUCUUUCCACUGUUCUACUACUCACUCACAAUCCACUCCACGAUUCGUCUGAGCUCAUCCUAGGGUUUAUCUUCUUGAUCCAUCCUGGUUUCUGCGAUUUUGGCCGCAGAAUUCUCGAUUACGUCGCUGAAUCGAGAUCGAGGUGAACGGUUAGGGGGUGUUAGGGUUAGGGUUUUCAAAAAAAGCGUGGAGAUCAAUUGAUGUGGUGAUCGGAGAUGAUAACGGAGAAGCCGAGUUGGAUUCGGCACGAAGGUCUUCAGAUCUUCUCCAUUGAUGUGCAGCCGGGAGGUCUCAGAUUUGCUACUGGCGGAGGAGAUCAAAAGGUUCGGAUAUGGAACACGAAAUCAAUGAGAAAGAACCAUAAUAACGACCAUUCAUCACAGAGACUACUGGCAACUCUCCGCGACCAUUUUGGAUCAGUUAAUUGUGUGAGGUGGGCCAAGCAUGGCAGGUAUCUUGCUUCAGGUUCAGAUGAUCAGGUCAUUCUAAUUCACGAAAGGAAACCCGGAUCCGGGACAUCAGAGUUUGGCAGUAAAGAGCCCCCUGACGUAGAAAAUUGGAAAGUCGUUAUGACUUUAAGAGGCCACACUGCUGAUGUGGUAGAUCUAAAUUGGUCGCCCGAUGACCAAACAUUGGCUAGUGGCAGUUUGGAUAACACUGUUCACAUAUGGAACAUGACUAACGGUAUGUGCACCGCUGUAUUGAGAGGGCAUUCAAGCUUAGUCAAAGGAGUUGCCUGGGAUCCCAUUGGUUCUUUUAUUGCUAGCCAAUCAGAUGACAAAACGGUAAUCAUAUGGCGAACCAGUGAUUGGAGUCUUGCGCAUAAGACGGAGGGGCAUUGGUCAAAAUCACUAGGUUCAACCUUUUUUAGGCGGCUUGCAUGGUCACCUUGUGGCCACUUUAUUACUACGACUCAUGGUUUUCAGAAACCAAGGCAUUCUGCUCCUGUGUUAGAAAGAGGCGAAUGGUCUGCUACCUUUGACUUUCUAGGACACAAUGCCCCCGUUAUUGUGGUGAAGUUUAACCAUUCAUUAUUUCGUAAGCACUUCUCUAAUGGUCAAGGCUUGAAGGCUGCACUUGCUGGAGGAUGGACCAAUGGAGCAUCAAAGACACCAACAAAGGACCAACAGCCCUACAAUGUGAUUGCUAUCGGAAGUCAAGAUCGCACGAUUACUGUUUGGACAACAGCAAGCGCUCGCCCCUUGUUUGUUGCCAAGCAUUUUUUUACACAAAGUGUCGUUGAUUUGUCAUGGAGUCCGGAUGGGUAUGAUCUAUUUGCCUGCUCAUUGGAUGGGACAGUGGCUACUUUUCAUUUUGAAGUGAAGGAAUUAGGGCACAGAUUGAGUGAUGCUGAGCUUGACGAGUUGAAGAGAAGUAGAUAUGGGGAUGUGAGAGGGAGGCAAGCAAACUUGGCUGAAACCCCUGCACAGCUCCUAUUAGAAGCAGUCUCAGCAAAGCAAACACCCACUAAUAAAGCAACUUCCAAUGCCCAGCAAAAUGAAAUAUCCGUGAAAACUUCUGUUGAUUUGGGGAAUCCAGCGAUCAAUCAACCAAUUCAGAAUGUUCCAGAAGCCCAACAAGAAGAUGCCAAGAAAACAGGAGCUUCUGCUGAUGGGUUAAACAAAAUCCCAUCUGGCUGUCUAUCUAGUCCGGUUAAACAAAGAGAAUACCGUCGUCCAGAUGGGCGAAAAAGAAUAAUUCCAGAAGCACUUGGAGUUCCUUCCAACCAAGAAGCUCUUUCUAGUGGUCCUCAAUCUCAACUGGUUGAUUUUUCAUCGUUAGCCUUGGAACAGCAAAAGGAUGAUAAAAUGCUUAUUGGCAGUAAUAUGGUAAGAGAAGCUUCUGCCAAAAGAUUUUUCAGUGGAAGCACUGAUACAAAUUGCACCAAUUGCGGGGGUAGGGAGCGGUUGGGUGUCAUGGCUAGGGCUAAUAUCAGCGAAAGUCUUGUUAUAGAGAAGACUUCAGAUUCAACUUAUAAUGAGGGAAGGACGAACAUAGAAUACUCAGGUUCGCUAGGAUUGGCGAGCUCGUUGACUUCUGAUACUCUUUCUAUUCGUGUAUUUAACAAGAAGGAUGAUGAGGAUACUUUGCCAGUUUGUUUGGAGGCUACAACAGUAGAACGAGCUGCAAGCGAUGUAAUCGGUCUUACUAAUUCAUUUUUAUCAAAAGAAACUGAAAUUAGAUGCACUAAAGGAACUCAAACCCUUUGGUCGGAUCGUAUAUCUGGAAAAGUAACUGUUUUGGCUGGUAACACCAACUUUUGGGCUGUUGGUUGUGAAGAUGGCUGCCUACAGAUUUACACAAAAUGUGGAAGACGAGCGAUGCCGGCAAUGAUGAUGGGGUCUGCAGCAGUUUUUAUAGAUUGCGACGAGUGUUGGAAGCUACUUCUCGUCACAAGAAGAGGGCUCUUGUAUGUCUGGGAUCUUUUCAGCAGAACUUGUCUUCUUAAUGACUCUUUAGCUUCUCUUGUCGCCCCGCAAGUGGACUCAUCUGCAAAAGAUACUGGCACAAUUAGGGUUAUAUCUGUGAGGUUCUCUAGAUCUGGUUCACCAUUGGUUGUUCUUGCUACUCGCCAUGCUUUCCUUUUUGACAUGAGCCUCAAGUGCUGGUUGAGGAUAGCCGAUGAUUGUUUUCCUGGUUCAAAUUAUGCCAGCUCUUUUAGUUUGAGCUCUACUCAAAGUGGCGAGCUGGGCAAAUUGCAAGUGGAUGUGGGAAAGUUCAUGGCUAGAAAGCCAAGUUGGAGCAGGGUGACAGAUGAUGGGGUGCAGACACGGGCUCAUUUAGAGACUCAGCUUGCAGCAGCAUUGGCCUUAAAGUCACCUCAAGAGUAUCGACAAUGUCUCCUUUCCUACAUACGUUUCUUGGCAAGAGAAGCUGACGAGUCCCGUUUGCGUGAGGUCUGUGAGAGCUUUCUCGGACCUCCCAUCAGCAUGAUUGAAGCUGCUUCUGCUGAUCCUAAAAUCCCAGCUUGGGAUCCUGAUAUUCUUGGAAUGAAAAAGCACACACUUCUAAGAGAAGAUGUCCUUCCAGCCAUGGCAACAAACCGAAAAGUCCAACGACUCCUCAACGAGUUCAUGGACCUUCUAUCAGAAUAUGAAGCUGCUGGAAGAGAUCCAGAUCCAAUGGAUGUUGUGCCACCACCGAGCACCACUGCCACCACCGUAUGAUUGGUCCACAGGAUGUUUCAACUUAUAGUUCACAUAGAGUUUUCGCCUUAUUGACACUCAGAGAAUUAAAUUAUUCACCUGCAUACCCUGUAUAUAUAACAAAAUAGCGUAUUAUCUUGUCAUUAUCAAAUUUCUGUUUGCCUAACUUUCGAGAAGGUAACUGGUCUGCUGCCCCUUGUUAAUGUGGUUUGUCAAUUAUAUGUCUGUUAUACAGUGGAUGACGGAGCUAUAAGUGACUGUUUUGUAACUCGGCAAAAUUCUUCGGAAGCUUUGUUUGAACUCAUCAUUUGAUCA